AUGGCCUACCGCUCAUUGAAGUUCGUCCUUUUCGGCAGUCUUCUGGGCCUGUCCCGGGCAGGUGAGCCCUAUCCGGAGCGUGACGAAGUCUGCCUCUCGGCCUGCGAGCACACCCUCGACAAACAGACAUUCGUGCCCUCGUCAGCCAACGAAGAUGCCAAAGCGGAGCCCUGCACCAACGACCUCCAUCUGCAGUCGUUGUACAUCUGCGCCCAAUCUUACUGCGAGCAGCGAGAUGUCCAGCCCGGGUGGGACUUCCUAAGUCACACCUGUCGUCAUGAAGGAUAUCCUGCCCUCCCGCCGCUGUCGAGCUUCGUCGGUAUCUCUACAACCGACGCGAAGACGAUCAACUCAACCUCGAAGGGCAAGAAACUCAACACCACCGUCCUCGCAGACGAGAAGUUCUGGGACUUGGUUUUGGAGGGCACGACGCUCCGGGCACAGGCCCGAUGGACGAACCGCAGCCACCAGGAGGCUGCGUACAUCUUCUGGGGCAUCGUCAUGGGACUCGCGGCGGUCUUCAACCUCGGUUCCAGGUUAUCCGUUGUUCCACCGGCGUUUGUGUCUCGCAUCCUCCGCCCGGUCCGGGCCCACCUGAGCAUACCACCUGUGCUCGCCAAAGCCGCGCAACCAGUCCCCUCCAGACUGGAAGCCCUGAUAAUAGCCGCUUUCUUCGUCAUCAGUCUCAUACUAUGUGCGGUAGAAAUACACCGUCUCCCAGGGAGCUGGAUCUAUGUCAGCUUCAAGGAGCGGGGUGACCAGGCACAGAUCCUAUCACUUAUUGCUCGCCGGUCCGGUGAUAUGGCAAUAGCGAAUCUGGCCCUUAUCUGGCUAUUCAGUAUGAGAAAUAACCCGCUCAUCUUGAUCACUGGAUGGAGCUUUGCCACAUUCAACCAAUUCCACCGUUGGAUUGCCCGCAUCACGUUUCUCGAGCUGGUCGUCCACGCCGGAGUUUUCACCAAAUACCAGUUUGUCAAGGGCGGCCUGACGAGAUACAAAUACGUCUACCAGCAGCUCGAGUGGUGGGUAAUGGGUGUCGUGUCACUCGUGUUCUUUUCCCUCGUCCUGGGCUUUGCGGCCGCGCCUUCGCGUGCAAAGUUCUACGACAGCUUUCUAUUGAUGCACAUUCUAAUGGCUGUCGUGUUCUUUGCAACAUUGUGGUAUCACGUUGAACCGCAAUUCUUCACGGACUACCUGUGGCCCAUAGUGGCCAUUUGGCCUCUUGAGCGCUUGUUGAGAGCUGCUCGGUCCUUCAUCACCGGUGCCAAGGGGAUGGCAUCAGUCUCGGCGGACAACUCGGCUGGCUUGGUGAGAGUCGACGUCACGACACUACUGGGCAAGCGAACACCCACUCCUGGUAGUACUUACUACAUGUACACUCCGACCCGAUUCCCGUUCUACCAGUCCCACCCAUUCACAUUGGUGGCCUUCCCCAAUGCGCCGGGUGAAGAUUCCACAUCAAGCCUGGAAGAAGAGAAGGGACCCGGCAGUGUAUCAGUUCAUCCGGUUCCUGGUCCGUACGAAAGGCUGAACUACCGCUUCCUAAUCGCUCCACAGAAGGGAUUCACGAAACGUCUGAACAACUAUAUUGUAAAGGGCCAAAGAACGAGUGGGGAAGAGUCUGCAUCUCAACGCGUGCCAAUCCUGUUAGAAGGCCCAUACAAAGAGGAAGCAGAGUCGAUUGAUUUCCACUCCUGCCGGGACAUACUGCUGGUGAUUGGUGGAAGCGGUAUUUCAGUGGGAUUGUCUUGCAUCUACAGGGCUCUAUCCAUCCCCGAGACGACGAGUGUCACGCUGGUCUGGUCAGUGAGGAACUCAGAAUUGAUACGAUCGGUUGCCAAUGAGGAGUUGCAGUGUGCGCUCAGAGACUCGAGGUUUACGCUGAAGGGGUAA